GCCAACACACAUAGGAGAUAGAAAAGGUGACACAACCCACAGAAACCCAAACCCCCCAAAAAAGCCAUGGCCAUGUCUCCUCUCACCACCAUCCUCCUCCUCGCCGCCGCCGUCGGCGCCACCUGCGCCACCUCCGCCACCGCCUCGGCCGCGCCGCUCCACGGCAUAGCGAACGACCUCCUCCCGGAGUACGGCCUCCCGCGGGGGCUGAUCCCGGAGACGAUCGCGUCCUACACCUUCGACAACGACACGGGGGACUUCGAGAUCCGGCUGACGAGCACCUGCUACAUCUGGUUCGGCUCCCACCUCGCCUACUUCGAGGACGCCAUCCGCGGCCGGAUCGCGUACGGCACCAUCACGGGGCUCUCCGGGAUCCAGGCGCAGAAGUUCUUCGUCUGGGUCUCCAUCACCACCAUCGUCGCCCACCCCGACCAGGGCACCGUCGAGUUCCGGGCGGGGUUCAUCUCCGAGGCGCUGCCGGAGUCGGACUUCGCCGAGGUCCCCGUCUGCGGCGCCGGCGCGCGGCUCCGCGGCGCCGCCGGGCUCGCACGCCAGCUCGGCCUGCAGCUCCCCACCGUCGCCGAGGCAUGAGCUUCUGAGUUGGGAAUCGACCUGCAGCAAACUUGAGCACCUCCGGUUCGAUGUUGUUACAAAAUAAAGAAGACGCGCCCUUGAGCUCAGGAGGCUGUGCAAGGUUUGCUGUUUAGUGUGUACGUUUUGUGUGGUUAUUUAUUUAUGAACAUGGAUGCUAUCCACAAGUCUAAGAUCAAUAUAUUUCUACCGCGCCCGGGUAGAGCUAUAGAUUAAAGUCGGACCGUGUUGUCGUCGGAUUCAUGUGAGUUCUGAUGGCAUAGGGGGUCCGAAUGCAGUGAAAAUUUGCAUGGAACUUCAUAUAUGUAGUGUAUUUAUGUGUAUGUAAAUGGCAAGUACCUGGCUACCUGCUCCCAUGUUUUAAGGAGAAGAGUUGGAUCUUGAAGUUUCAACCUCGUGGCA